GUCCACGAGGCUGCAGGAGGAGGGUUUCAUGUUUGAAGGCACGCGGAAGAACAAGAAGGAGUCUGAACCGUAUGUAAAACGUCUCCUACUGGUGAUGAUAACACACCAAGGCAAAAGGACGGCAUGUUCUCGGCAUGCUGUAGGAAAAAGUAAAGAAAACAUUUAUCCGUUGUGACCAAAUCUGAAGCGCAAUGGCUCCAGUAGACCGAAAAGCGAAAAAUAAAAACUUUACAAAGAAAGAAAGGAUUUUGAAAAAAGGCAAAGAAUUGUCAGUUGGCGUGAAAAAGAACAGAAAAUGGAUUCAACAGCACAAAGUUUUUGAAGGCAGCGUUAAAGAAGGUCAAGGAUUUGCUCUGAAAAGAAAGCAGAAAGUUAAAUAUGAAUACAACAAACUACUAAAGAAGGAGAGGAAAAGGAAUCCUGAUUCCAAAAUGCUAUACAAGGACGAGUAUCCAGAACACCUCAAGCAUCUCUACAUGGCAGAGGAGGAGAAGCUGAAAAAAGAAGCCUGGGAAAACCGAGUAAACAGGACUAAGCUGAGAAAGAAGGAGCAGGUGACGAAGGAGGAAAACGAAGAUGAUGAAGACAUUUGUGGCGGAUCUGAGCUGACAAAUUCCAUGCCUGUAGCCCCUGAACAAACGGAAAACUCUGAGAAAGAAAGCUUUCCAUUGAGUAACCGCAUGAAGAAGAAAUUGCAGAAGAAGACAUCCUACCAAAAGACAAAAGAGGAAUUUGAGAAAAUCAAAGAAAAGCGAAGGAAGAAAAAAGAGGAAUAUUUGAAAAACAAGCAGCAGAAGGAAGAAGCCGUUAAACGGUACAAGCAGAAAAAGAUGGAAACUUUUCAAAUUCUGAGCAAAAAGACCAAGAAAGGACAGCCGAAUCUGAACCUGCAAAUGGAAUAUUUACUUCAGAAGAUCCAAGGAACGCAAAAAUGACGACCAAAGAUUGAGCAAACUGUUACCAACCUUUAAUUUUAUUAUUAAAAAUGAAACACAAAAUCAUCCGAGCUGCUGCAUCUUCUGUUUUUGCAUAGUUUUAUUGCAGAAUUCCAUAACUAGGCAACAAAAGAAAUGGGAUUUUCACACCACAAGAUGGCAUUGUUAGAUAUGUGCAGCUUCUGCUUAUAUACACAUUUGACAGAUAAUGUUUUUAUUUGGAAGUAAAAAAUUAAAUAAAUGUUUGGUCAAAGGUAGAAACUGUUAUUUGAAAAUUAAUUAUCAUCAACAAUUAUUUAGUAGAAGCUGUUUGGGGGGAGAAUUGUGAUUCUACAACAGAGAUCUGUAAAGUUUUGAAAAAUCAACAUUAUUUUGAAUUGUCGAAUAAAUCACUUGUUUAGGGCACGUUAACAUUAAAGACCUGAUCAGUGUGGUGCUGUUGAACAAAUAAAACAAAUAGACUCCCA